GGGGAAGGGCCUGGCUGAGGCUGCCGUGGGGAGCAGCUGGCCCCGAGGCUGAGGGGAAGCUCCCGGCCUCCUCUCGCUCCUGCCGGCGCUCCGCUCGUUCUUAACGAGCUGUUUCAUGUGUCCUUGUGCUCUUUCAUGUGUCCCAUAUUUGUCGUGUCUCUUUUCCCAAACUUUUCAGAAGAGCCACCUCACUGCAGAGCUAUUAAACCACUGGGAAAAAAAUGACAGAAAGUUGCGGGCAGGAGCAGACGAGGUGGACAACGACGGUCAUUAUGAGCGCAGCUCUGCAGGCAUUGCAUUUAUACUGUCAGACACUCAAGACUUGCUCAGGACAGGGGAAGAAGAGUUUUCCAAAAGAAUUCAGAAGUUUAUAAACAUCCAUCGGAACAGCUUUUUGGUUUUGUCAGCUGCUCUUCAUGGAGCAGAAGAAUGGAGUGUCAUGUUCAGGAUUCAGAGAAGAUUCCUGGGCAGCAAUUUACGUGUAAUACCAGUUCAUAAUCCUGCUGAAACUGUUAAAUUAAUGCUAACUAUGGCUAAGGUAACUUCCAAGCCACAAGCAGAUGAUACUCGUUGCAAAAUAGAAAUGACAAAAGCCCAAAUAAUAGAAAGAAGUCCAGUUUGGAAGAUGCUUCAGGAGUACCAAUCACACCAUAAUUAACUUAAUAUUUGGGGUUUUAUUCAUAAAUAGAGUAGCUACAUUUUAAACAAAAUAUAGAAUGUUCUUAAAAAUAUAGUUACAUUUCAAAAGACUACAUACAACAUAUGCAUUUGGCAUGAAAAUUCGUAUUAAAUAGCUAUACAAUGAAAAAUAGCAUACUUGACAGCAAAUGUGCUUUCCAGGGAGGG